GCUUUCAGAGUUUCAGCUAUGGCGAAAGUGUCAUUCGGUAAUGACAGAUUGCAGCCCGCUGCUUUAUUUUCUCUCCGAUUAAACUGGCAAAGACUGAGAAAAUAGGAAAAUGGCUUCCUGGCAUUCAAUUUCUCUGGAAAUCACAUACCAGGUACUGGGAUGGUUUGCUUUCGUUUCAUGGUCAUCCUGUUUCUACCCUCAAGUCAUCUUGAAUUUUCGUCGGAAAAGCGUCGUUGGACUGAACUUCGACUUCGCGCUGCUGAAUUUGACCAAGCACUCCGCCUAUUUGAUAUAUAAUGCCUGUCUUUACUUCAGCCUCGCCGUUCAGAAGCAGUACCUUGACAAAUAUGGCUACAAUCAGAUGAUUCCUGUAGCAGCAAAUGAUGUUGCGUUUUCAAUACAUGCCGUUCUGAUGACUUCUAUUACUUUGAUUCAGAUUGCAAUCUAUGAUAGGGGAAAUCAAAAAUUCUCUAAGAUUUCUAUAGCAAUUGUAUCUGCUGUGUGGUUGACUGCAGCAAUUUGCCUUUUUGUAGCUUUGCCUAAACAUUCUUGGCUCUGGCUAAUUUCAAUCUUCAAUUCAAUACAAGUUUGCAUGACAGCAAUCAAAUAUACUCCGCAGGUCAGAAUUGUUUCUUUUUUGGAUGGUUUUUAUACCAUCAAUAGGCAUAGUGGUAUCACUUUUCAUGUUGGUCAAUGGAUUGAUAUGCAAAGAGUUGAACGUUACCCUCCUUUCCUUAACUUUUUCCCCUUUAACGUGAAGUUGCUAGCCAGAAAAAAUGAAGUUGCAGUGUUUAACUUUGCACGGAAGAGCACAGAAGGUUUCAGUAUUGGAUACGUUUUGUUUGAUUUUACUGGAGGCUUAACAAGUUUGGCACAGAUGGCUGUGCAAUCUGUAGAUCAAAAUUCUUUUGUGAACUUCUAUGGAAACAUUGGGAAGAUGCUGCUGUCUGUGGUAUGGAAUGUUGUCUACCAUCUUGAUUUACCUUUUUAUAUCUUUUCCAAGUACCAUUCUCUUGCUAGCAUUUUCUUCAUGAUUUUCGUCUAGGUAUGUGUCUUGAGAUUUCCACUCUAGAUUUCAUCUGUUUCUAUACCACUUCUCUCCCUUCUCUACUAUUGUCAUACCUUUCUCUCUAUUCCUCACCCUUUAUCCCUUCUUCCCUGCCCUUCAUUAAUUUGGUAGUAGAGUUAUCAAAGAUCUCACCUUCUUCUCCACCCACACCACCGGGAAAAGAAAGGUAGAGUGAAUGGUACAAAAGUUUGUUUAAUAAUGUCUUCAAUUCUUUUCUUUUUAUGGUUUUAUAGCUACAAAUUGACCAAUCUCUAACAGCAUUUCAAGUUAGUAUCUUAUGCAUCAUAUUGUCUUUUAUUCUUUCUUACUAUCAACUCAAUGUAAUUCAUUCUACAGGUAUCUAUAUCCUUUGACAUUAUUUUCAUACUUCAACACUUUGUGUUAUAUCCUGCCAAUAAAACAACAUCAUCCACUAAACUCAAUGAAGAGGGCAAAGACCCACUUAUCAAGUCUGCUGAUAAACCUUAAUCUGAGAACAUGUAAUGCUUAGGCAGACUCGGAAUAUAGAGUCAAAACUCCUUGCUUCCUUUAGACGUAUCAGCUGCAAUGCUGGAUUAGCUACUUUGUUUGGAGUUGGAUCAAGAUGAUGAGGUAAAGCAAGGUUGGUGUUUGGUUGGAGAAGUGUAAUGAUUGAGCAAUUGUUUAUCAUGUAGUGGCGGCAUCAUCCAGUGUUGUUAUUUUGUUGUAUUCCUUAAGAGUCCUAGCUGAAGAGUUUUGAUGUAUAAACAUAAUAAUGCGGCCAGCUUAUUAUUAUUCUUACAUGUUAAAUCUUAUAUUUCCAUCGCAUCCGAUUGUGUUUUAGAUGUUUCCGUUGGCAGUAUUAAAUUGGUGAACUCAAU